AUGCAACGUUCACUGCAAGAAAACGAGGAAGUUGAAUUUUUCGUUGUUGAAGGUGAUAAAGGGGUAGAGGCUUCAGAUGUUACGGGACCUGAUAGAAGACCGGGGAGUGUGUACGCUGCGAAUCGUCCAUUUGGUCGCAGUCCUAGGGAGUACGGAAUGCGGGGUGAUCGGGACGACUCGGACGGUUACAGAAGCAAUGGAUUUGCGCCCUAUCGUGCUAGAGGUCAGGGUCGCAAUGGAACAAGGAUGGACGGUGAAUACCCACGAAAGUUUGCUGAACGUAAUCCACGUGAUCGCAGUAAAGGAUACGGUGCACGGGAAAAUGGGGGCUAUUAUUCUAGCCCAUACUAA